AUGUCAUUGAAGGAAGUCAGCGGCAGUAGUGUGGCCAGCGGUGUCCGCACCGCUAUACGCCAAGUUGAGAAACACGUUGAGGUUUACAACUCAUUCCUCGUGGCCCAGAGUACCGACGGUCUCCCACGUCUCCAAGACGACCUCCAGCAAGUCCUUGACUUCCUUAAUGACCUCGACAAAAAGCAGAAGAACGAUUCUUCAGAUCAGGACGAACCUUCGAAACUCAACCCUGCAGAGCUCAUGAAACACAUCGGGGAUAUGGCCAUGAAACUCGAAAAAGGAAACGAGAAGGAGAAAUCUCAACCCUGGCGUUGCAACCGCAUCUCUUCUAACCGCUGGUAA